UUCCCGAUCCGUCACUGACCUCGAUUGACGUUGAGAGUGGUCCAUAAGAUCUUUAAUUGAAAAAAAUUAACAGCUCGACGGACCACGAGUUUCAAACAAAUAUACGUGUCCUGAAUAUCACCGGAUCGAGCUAUACAAAGUUAUAACAUCGUAAAGAUGUUACGGACCACGACCACACUGAGAUCCGAUCUGGUACGCGUAACGUUCAGAAGUAUUAUACGAACUAAUGUCGUACGAUGUUUGGCAGUCGAAUGUGUUCACAGAAAACAUCUGCAAAGCUAUUCAUCGCAUACUAUAACUGUUGUCAGGCCGCAGACACGCAAGGUACCACAUGUGGUAACAGCAUGGACACAACAGGUGCGAUUGUACGCAGAUUACCCGGAUCACAUUGCCGUUACUCUUCCUGCUCUCUCCCCUACCAUGGAGACUGGGUCAAUAGUUAGUUGGCAUAAAAAAGAAGGUGAUAAGCUCAAUGAGGGAGAUCUCUUGGCUGAGAUAGAGACUGACAAAGCAACGAUGGGCUUUGAAACUCCUGAAGAAGGAUACCUAGCAAAAAUUGUAGUGCCAGCUGGAUCUAAAAAUGUUCCAAUUGGACAGCUUGUUUGUGUUAUUGUCAGCGACGAAGGUAGUGUUGCCGCGUUCAAAAACUUCAAGGAUGACGGAGGUGCAGGUGCACCAGCAGCCACAGCAGCUUCUCCUGUGGCGCCAGCUGCUGCCAUUCCAGCUUCAGCUACUCCACCAUCAGUUGCUCCAUCUCCAGCACCUGUAUCUGCUGCUUCUUCCAUUCCUGCUGCUGCAUCUGGUGAUCGGAUAUAUGCAAGUCCGCUGGCCAGGCGACUUGCCUCUGAAAAGGGCCUUAAUUUACAAGGCCUCAAAGGUACUGGACUGUAUGCUUCGGUGACAUCAAAAGAUCUUGCAGGUGCAUCUGCUACAUCUACUGCCUCCUCUCCUUCAACUGUUAGUUCGGCAUCUAUGGAUUCUUCAGCUAGUGGUACAUACACAGAUAUCCCAGUAUCAAACAUCCGUGGAGUUAUUGCAAAGCGACUUCUCGAAAGUAAGCAGAAUAUUCCGCAUUACUAUCUUACUGUUGAUGUCAAGAUGGAUGCAGCAUUACAAAUGAGAGAACAAUUCAACAAAAUGUUAGAAAAGGAAAAGGUAAAAUUGAGCGUCAAUGACAUAAUUAUCAAAGCUAUCGCAAUGGCGUCUAAAAAAGUUCCUGAUGGCAACACAGCUUGGCUUGGGGAUGUUAUCAGACAAUACCACAACGUUGACGUGAGCGUUGCCGUGAGUACAGAUAAUGGUCUUAUAACACCAAUUGUGUUCGCGGCUGAUACAAAGGGUAUAGUACAAAUCAGUAAAGAGGUAAAGGCUUUGGCAGCAAAGGCUAGGGAUGGAAAGUUACAGCCACACGAGUUUCAAGGUGGUACAAUUACUGUAUCAAAUCUGGGAAUGUUUGGUAUUAAAACAUUCUCAGCCAUCAUAAAUCCACCUCAGUCUAUCAUCCUAGCCGUUGGCACAACCGAAUCCCGAUUGAUUCCAGCCCAGAACGAAAAGGGAUUCGAGUCAGUCAACUUCAUGAGCGUUACAGCUAGCUGUGAUCAUCGUACCGUCGAUGGGGCGGUUGGUGCGCAAUGGCUUGUAGCGUUCAAGAAUUUAUUGGAAAAUCCUACGACAAUGCUCCUAUAAUGAAUUAUUGCAAUGGAUUAUUGCAGUGAUUGAUAUAGGCAUAUUUUAGAUCAUGUGUGAGGACUGUCAAAGGGUAUGUGACAAGAGAAUUGUCCAAUGUACAUUUGUUGUGGAUAAUAAUGUAUAAUUUGUUUCACCAUUAUUUAAUAUUAAUAUCAAUUUUACCAAAUAAGUUCAGACAGUUGUAUAAUAACUCACGUAUUACAGGCAUUUCUCUACCCACAAUUAAUGCUCUUACUUACGUAGAGAUAUCCAAGUGUAUAAAACAGUGUUUUAUUCAAGUCCACCACUGAUGUUAGAUAUAGUCUGCUCGUUCAACUGUUGAACAUACUGGAUACAUAUUCUAUGCGGUGAAAAUAUGGUUUCCUAUAAUAUAUUGCUGCAGUACUAAUCGAUUCUUGUUGGAACGAUGACACAGAAUAAAAUUGUACAUACAUA